AUGGUUUCUUACCAAAUUCUACUUCUUCUAGUCUCAAUUUUACCUUUAACAUAUUCCAUAAGAACUUCAAAAUGGCAUUUCAGUGGGAAACUACUAUGCCCAUUAUACACAUUUAAGUAUCACCUUGAGGUUUUUGAAGAGGAUUACUUCCGAAAAACCGAUGAUUUGCUGACUAAUCAGACAGAGGUGAGCUCUAUCAGCCCGCAUCUUUAUAAGGUGGACGCAGAGGAAACGGAUGAUGGAUUGGAUUUUGGGCGACACUUCGAAAUCUACAUGCUCAUCAUCCACGACUGCAAUCCAGACAGAUAUGUGAAGUCACUGAAAGUCGAUUGGGGAAAGUACCAUAUUGAUAUCGAGUUUGUUACAUUUUAUGCAUUGAAAUUUGAAAUUUUCAGUGAAGUCAGCGAGGUCAAGGACAUUGAUGUUUUUGGCAAAGGCUCGGCAUUGUGAUUUUGAAGUCUAAAACAUAAUCAUUGUGUUUAUAAAGUCUUUAUUCCAA